UGUCUGUCUUUGGCUGUUACUUCUUGUGUUUUGACUUUGGACCACCAUGCACACAGACAACACUCACUCAGUGCCCUUCUAUCGAUUUCAUGUAAGAGCAUGGCUGCCAGACUCUGUGCUCAGAUGCACUUCACUGUCUUGGUGGUGUUGACAUCCUGGGGGCCUGUGGCUGCAGUGGCUCACGGUGCUGGUCCGUACCCUGCUUUCCCUUCUGGACGUCCUUGUUUACACGCUAGUGCCAGACAGUGACGCAGAGCUGAGAGUCAAAGAUGGCAUCCAUGUUGAAAGGAGACUUGUUGUAUAUGGAGGACUCUGGAGGUCUCUCAGUGUUGUUGUCACUCUUGGUGUCAGGGGUCCCCAGGGGUGGAGGUGCAGCUGGUUGCAGUGACCUCAGGACCCCUCAGGACCCCCCCAGUACCCCACCCCGACAGUGCCAGACGCCCAGAUGGGACAGACUGUCAGCCUGUCAGCUUCAGGGGCAGAGGAGACUAAUAGUUUGAUCUGAUCUCUUCUGAUGGAAUCUUUGGAGGGCGCCUCUUCUCUCACUUGCCUCUGACUCCUUUUCUCUCCCCUCCCUUGCUCCCUAAUUGAAAGUUUCCAUUGGUGCCUUCGAAAAAACAAAGUCCCGUUGGGGAAAGAGAGAGAGAGUGCAGGCGAUUGAGAGAGGGAGACUAAAAAUAACUCUUAAGUUGAAGCCCUUGCUGCCAAAUCCCAGGGUUGGCUGCUGUCUGCAUGAGAUUUGAAUAUCAUUUUUGCCCCGUACUGUACCAUAGGCACACCGGGGGAAGGAAAAAGUAAAUGAAACACGAAAACCACUUAGACAUAGCUAGGCCUUUCAGCUUAUCACUAAGGUGACCACUGCUGCCGGGCGUUCACUCGUUUGCCCUUGCCCUCCCUGUGUUUUUACAUGUGUACACUGUCACUAAAGACAGCGUGGGCAGCCAGGGGGAGUCAGCUGUGUUCCAGCUUGUAAUAUGCAGGUAGCUUUAGCCCUGCCUACUUUGACGCCAGAGACUGGGCCUAGCACUGGAUGAAGGUCACAGGAAUGUGAGAUUGGCUCCCGCAGUCUCUCUGUCAGCAAUGAGAAGGAAACAUGUAGAGGGAGAUGAGAGGACACAGCGGAAGCAAAACUCACAGGAGGAUACGGAACAUAGCUAAUAUGUAUAAGUAGAGGAUGUCCGCAGAUGCGUUUGGAGCCGGGGGCAGCGAUGCCCAGCAAACCCUGCAGUCCUUCUGGCCUCGCGUCAUGGAGGAGAUCAGGAACCUUACUGUGAAGGAUUUUCGCGUGCAGGAGUUACCUCUGGCUCGAAUCAAGAAAAUCAUGAAGCUGGAUGAGGAUGUCAAGAUGAUCAGUGCAGAGGCGCCCGUCCUGUUUGCCAAGGCAGCUCAGAUCUUCAUCACAGAGCUCACCCUCAGAGCAUGGAUCCACACUGAGGACAACAAGAGACGCACGCUACAGAGGAAUGACAUUGCCAUGGCAAUAACAAAGUUUGACCAGUUUGACUUCCUGAUUGACAUCGUGCCCCGGGACGACCUGAAGCCACCUAAACGACAGGAGGAGAUGCGUCAGUCAGUAGCUCCAGCAGAGCCGGUGCAGUACUACUUCACUCUGGCCCAGCAGCCUGGAGCUGUACAGGUGCAGGGCACACAACAGGCCCAGCAGCCCGGCGCACAAACAGCCACGACCAUCCAGCCUGGACAGAUCAUCAUCACACAGCCCCAGCAAGGACAGAGUGCACCUGUGACCAUGCAGGUGAGUGAGGGUCAACAGGUACAGAUUGUCCAAGCUGCAGCAGCCCAGGGUCAAGCUCAGGCAGCUCAAGCCCAAGGCCAGACCAUGCAGGUCAUGCAGCAGAUCAUCACCAACACAGGAGAGAUCCAGCAAAUACCGGUGCAACUAAACACAGGCCAGCUACAAUACAUCCGUCUAGCCCAGCCUGUCUCCGGAGCGCAAGUGGUCCAAGGACAGAUUCAGACUCUCGCCAACACCCAGCAGAUCACACAGACAGAGGUACAGCAAGGACAGCAGCAGUUCAACCAGUUUACUGACGGACAGCAGUUGUAUCAGAUUCAGCAGGUGACGAUGCCAGCAGGACAGGAGCUGACCCAACCAAUGUUCAUUCAGUCCACCAACCAGACAGCUGACGCACAGGUCACGCAGGUCAGCACUGACUGAACCCAACCGGGAACCUUUUCUUCACACACACAACAUGCAUACCAGCCCAUGUGAUACCGACAGAUGCCACCAACUUCGACAAAGGAUGCUUGAUAACCUUGAUUUUAAGCACUGCUCAUUCAGACGGGGACCUGAAAUCUUGUAAAGCUUUUUUAGUAAUGAAUUUAGUACACUGGAUAGGAAAAAACCAAAGGGACACUGAUUGACUCAGAAUUGCAUGUUAAGUUGCAUCCAUACUUAGACACUUUUUGUACUUCUGUCACCCACAUCUGUAGAGAAAAUAUGCAUCCACUGCCACAGUCCCUGACAGCAGUCUCUCCACAGACCAACUCUAUUCUUUCUCUCAUCUCAUGUCCAAAUUUCAAAGAGUUUUAAAACAUAAAAAGGUGUGCUUUAGUCCUGGCGUCUUCCUUUCUGUUCUCCAUUUGGAAAUGAAAUGGGAAAGUGCUCCUGGCAUAUCUGUGGUUGAAGGUAGCCAUGGGAUUCUUCACCUCCUGCUUUCUUUCUGGGAAAACAUGAAGCAUACCCUCUUUAUUGUUUUUCAUGUAGUUGAUGGAUGAAGUGAAGCCAUAUACCUCAGAUAUCACUUUUUACAGCAAGUCAAUCUAAGGGAUCUCGAGAAGAGGUUCUGAGGUUCAAUGAUAAUUUCAUGUAGUUUUUGUGUUAUUUUCCACAUUGACAAUGAAGCAUGACUUUAUGUUGUAAGGGCUUCAAACUGUAUAGGUUAAGUUUAUAUGUGUGUGUGCUUGUAUUUCAAGCACCCUCACCACUUUCAUCUUUACUCUUCCAUUUAGUUUCUUCAUUCACUCUAUCUUCACCCCUCUGUCUUUAGAGCAGGGAAUCUCUUCUCUGCCUCUAUGCAGUUUCACACAACCCCCUCUACCCAGGUGGUUUUGGAGUCUUGUGCCCUGGUUUAAGUCUCAUGUAUAAACUCAUGACUCAAAAAAAACCCACCCUUUUUAUAGAACUCUGCUUUUUCCCCCCAAUAUAAGUUUUUCUUUGGGUUUUGAGAUGAUGUUUGCCUCAUAACUUCCCCAUAAUUUUUUUGUACAGUAUUGAUUAUUAUCAAUGUUAUUAUUGUUGUUUUUGCAUGUAGUUCAAACUGCCAGCAUGACAUGCAAUAGAUAGGUACAAUUUUAUUUUUGAUGUUCCUUUUUGUAAACAAACUUUGUUUGUGCAAAAAAAUAAAAACCAUAACUUGU